GAUCCGACUCGCGACACCUCAUAAAGCAACCCCAGGGCCGCACAUCCCAUCCUACCCGCCGCCAUGCUCGUUUUCCUCAUUCGGCCCCGUACAGGUCACUGCCGACUCGCAGCAGCGCUUGGCCGCAGCAGCCAGAGUGUGUGAUCUGCCAACGAAGUGCCGAGCAGCUGCUUGCCAGCCAAAACGACCUCAAAGCGCAGAAGCUCUACUGCGUACUGCUAACAAACGACGUUCCGCCGCGUUUACCGUAUUGAGCAUCGUUCCGCCCGUCGCGACCUCCGCCAUGGCGGGCGUUCCCGAGCCAGACUUCCGGGUCCUCUCCUUCAUGCCGCAGCAGGGGAGCGCUGUGGCCCGGCGUUACCAGAAGCGCAAGGCGCAUCACAAGUCCAGGGGCGGGUGUGUCGCGUGCAAGGGGAAGCGGGUCAAGGUCAGUCAGCCAGUCUAUACCGUAGACAGACGACCAUCGCAAGCACCCUAUCUUGGCGGGGAACAAGAUAUUGACGGGGGAGUCGACAGUGUGAUGAGGUCAGGCCUUGCUGCUCGCGCUGUCAGCGCAACGACACCCGGUGCAGCUACGGCUCCGCCGGCGAGGUAGCCAGCUCCUCCGAGUCCUUCUCGUCGUCGUCGCCGUCGUCGUUCCAGGUCACCAGGAGGCCGGCGGCGCAAAUCCGGCAGCUGUGCAGGAUGCUGUGCAGCCGCACGAUCCCCUCUACCGACCUGCUCAGCAACUCGCCCGCCGUCACCGGGCUGGACAUGUCGCAGGAGCCGACCCAUCACGGCAUCCCACGCAUCGUCCUGAUGCAGCACUUCCAAAGCCUCUACCCCGAGCUGCGGCUCGUCCUCAGCGGCGAGAACCCGCACCCCGUCCUGGCCCUGGGCAUGGCCCGCCCCUUCCUGCUCGACGCCGUGCUCGCCGUCUCGGCCUCUCACCUGCGCCACCACCACGAGGCCCCCGAAAGCCGCCGACUGAGCCGCGUCACCGAGCACUUCCAGCAGGCGCUUGCCGUGCGGAGCUUCCGCGACGCGCUGCAGAGCCUCGCGCUCGACCAGCAAACGGCCGACGCCUUGGUGCUCGCGUGCAUGUUCCUCAACCUACUAACCUUUUCCUUCGCCGAGGAGGACCACCUGCGAGACACGUGGCUCUUCCGCCCCGACGACCCGGAGCGGCUGAGUUGGUUCUCGCUGCAGCUGGGGCUCAAGCCGCUGCUCGUGGCCACGGAGCACUACCGCGACGACACCAUUCUCGCGUGGAUGUACGCGGCGUCGGACGACGACAAGGGCACCUUCUACGGGGAGAAUCGGCACAUGGACCGCGUGCCCGCGCACUGGAUGACGUUCCUUGGCCUCGACCGCGAGGACCCACGCGGAGGCGGCGACGAGGAGGGAGACGACCUCCUGCGCGAGCCCGCGCGCAUGCUCGCCGAAGUCCACGACCUGGAGCCAAACGACGAGUCCUUCUUCCUCUACGUCAACUUUGUCGGCGCGCUGGACAUGGAAUAUCGGUUCCGCGACAUGCUCGAGACCGAGGACGAGCGCGCCGUGUGGCUGUUCGGGUACUGGCUCGGGCUCAUGUGCCGCUUCGGGUGGUGGUGGAUGCUGCUGCGUGUGGACCGCGAGUGGCGAGCCAUCUGUCUGUGGCUGAACCAGAGAGGCGUCAGAGACAGGCCGGGAGAGGAGGGCAGGAUCUGGCGGCUCUUGAUGCGCGACCUCGAGGCCGCGAAUCGAUGGCCAAGGCCCGGGCACGACUUGCCCACCAACGUGCACGAGAUUCAGGACACCACUGUAAUCGAAAUACCGUAAAUUCAAAAUAUGCCCGCU